AUGGGGCUACUUUUGAGUCGACUCAAAAGUCACCAGGUAUGGGGCUUGUGUGCGGCUUACUCCAGGAGCAGUGCUGCAGGUGGCAGUUCAACCUCCAUCCUGUCAACAUCAACCGCCCUUCCAUAUCGAUCCCUUUUGAGGCGCCUCAAAACAGGUGGCAGUUUAAAUUCCAUCCUGUCAACAUCAACCGCCCUUUCAAAUCAAUCCCACCCGUCCCCCACCACAACUUCCCCUGUUUUCCACCACCUCUCCGCAACCCACCUCUCCGCAACCCACCUCUCCGCAACCCACCUCUCCGCAACCCACCUCUCCGCAACCCACCUCUCCGCAACCCACCUCUCCGCAACCCACCUCUCCGCAACCCACCUCUCCGCAACCCACCUCUCCGCAACCCACCUCUCCGCAACCCACCUCUCCGCAACCCACCUCUCCGCAACCCACCUCUCACCUCUCCGCAACCCACCUCUCCGCAACCCACCUCUCCGCAACCCACCUCUCCGCAACCCACCUCUCCGCAACCCACCUCUCCGCAACCCACCUCUCCGCAACCCACCUCUCCGCAACCCACCUCUCCGCAACCCACCUCUCCGCAACCCACCUCUCCGCAACCCACCUCUCCGCAACCCACCUCUCCGCAACCCACCUCUCCGCAACCCACCUCUCCGCAACCCACCUCUCCGCAACCCACCUCUCCGCAACCCACCUCUCCGCAACCCACCUCUCCGCAACCCACCUCUCCGCAACCCACCUCUCCGCAACCCACCUCUCCGCAACCCACCUCUCCGCAACCCACCUCUCCGCAACCCACCUCUCCGCAACCCACCUCUCCGCAACCCACCUCUCCGCAACCCACCUCUCCGCAACCCACCUCUCCGCAACCCACCUCUCCGCAACCCACCUCUCCGCAACCCACCUCUCCGCAACCCACCUCUCCGCAACCCACCUCUCCGCAACCCACCUCUCCGCAACCCACCUCUCCGCAACCCACCUCUCCGCAACCCACCUCUCCGCAACCCACCUCUCCGCAACCCACCUCUCCGCAACCCACCUCUCCGCAACCCACCUCUCCGCAACCCACCUCUCCGCAACCCACCUCUCCGCAACCCACCUCUCCGCAACCCACUUCUCCGCAACCCACCUCUCCGCAACCCACUUCUGACUCCUCCGCCCCAACCUCCCUCUUGCACCCGGAUUGCUACCCACUUCUUGCACUCAAGGACGUUCCUUCGCAACAGAUCGUCCCUCUUACACUCGGUCCGGACAUUCUUGCACUCAAGGACGUUCCCUUGCACCAGAUGUUUCCACUUGUUCCCCCCACCCGUGCGCCCCACCCCUCCAGAACUCUCAGCGUCUCUCUUGCACCCGGAUGUUCUUGCACUGAAGGACGUCCCCUCGCAACCAGAACUGACCCUGGUGGAGUCCAGCGAGGGGUCACUGGAGAAGAAGGGUGAGAAGGGCAAAGGAGAGGUGAAGCAACAAGGGGCGGCUGCAGGGACGGGUGGUGCUGUGCCAGGGGCGUCCAAGGAUGAGGAGGGUAAAGGAGAGGAGGAUUGUUCUCCCACUACUACGCUUCCAACCCAAGCAAUCCACCUUUUUCCCACCCGUCCCUUCCACCCUUCCCCCUCACCCGUGUCCCCCACCCUACCAGAACCCACUUUGGACUCAGCCUCCCCAUCGUCGCUCUUACACCCGGACAUUCUUGCACUGAAGGACGUCCCCUCGCAACCAGAACUGACCCCGGUAGAGCCCAGUGAGGGGUCACUGGAGAGAAAGGAUGAGAAAGGCAAAGGAGAGGUGAAGCAACAAGGGGUGGCUGCGGGAACGAGUGGUGCUGUGCGUGGGGCGUCCAAAGCUGGGCUCUCCUCCAAGCCUAAGUGGUUCAAGCGAUAA